CUUCCAGCUCAUCGCCAAAAACGAAUUCGCCCUCGCAACUGACCUUCUUGUUGCAUGCGUAUCUUUCAAUCCCUCAGGUCCCCAAUUCGAAGAGUCCCUACCAUGGCCGGUACAUCCGAUCUUACCAAGCUCGCGCAAAAGCUCGCAUCCGAAGGACCGCACAAGAUCGAGGCGACGCCGCGGCGGGUGCGCGCGCUGUUUGGCGGGAGUUAUGUUCUCGAUACCACGAAGGCGUAUCACGUGUGGGAGCAUCCGUAUUACCCACAAUUCUACAUCCCCUCCACCGCCCUCACCCCCUCCGCCAACCUCACCAAAAACUCCUCCGUCUCGGGCACGUCCGACAAAGUCCACUUCGGCACCCUCUCAGUCACCAACAAAACCACAAACACAAGGACCACCACCGACCGCAUCCUCAUCUUCUCCACCAAAGACCUCAAAGACCUCGUCAAAAUCGACUUCGCCGCGCUAGACCAGUGGUUCGAAGAAGACGUGCCCAUCUACCAGCACCCCAAAGAUCCCUACAAGAGAAUCGACAUCCUUUCAUCGACGCGGCCCGUGAAAGUCGCGCUCGACGGCGUAACCCUCGCUGAGUCUUCCAGCCCGCUCUUCCUCCUCGAGACGACACUGCGGACGCGGUACUACCUCCCGCCCACCUCUGUCAACUGGGAGGUUUUGAGCAAGAGCGACACGAUUACGUACUGCCCGUACAAGGGGCGCGCAAAUUAUUAUAACGUCACUAUCAACGGCAAGGAGUACAAGGACCUGGUGUGGUACUACCAGUAUCCUACGGCGGAGAGCGCGACGGUGGUGGGGCACUUGUGCUUUUAUAAUGAGAAGGUUGACGUGUGGGUCGAUGGGGUGAAGGAGGAGCGAUGAAAGUCGAGCCAAGAGGCAAGCAAUGAUGGAAUGGAGGUAUCAUGAAGAAAGGGUGAAGAUACAAAGACACCUGUGUGAGGGUGAAGUGGAUGGUAUGUGAAUUUCGUAUAUACGACCUAUGAAGCGAGAUGCUCGAGGGCGCUAUCGCAUCCCGU